UUUGACAGUGGUCGGUCGACAGCGGGGAAAUUAUACGGUAGCCAUUUUGAUAUUCGUUCAACUCUCAAGGCAGAUAUUGAGGGAGUUUAAGUUCGUUUAUCGGCUUCCUCCGCCAUGGGGGAGACGAAAAUUAUAUAUCAUAUUGACGAUGAGGAUACACCAUAUUUAAUCAAGCUCCCUAUUCAUGCAGACCUUGUUACGUUAGGGGAUUUUAAAAAUGCUCUCAACCGCCCUAACUACAAAUUCUUCUUCAAGUCAAUGGAUGAUGAUUUUGGGGUUGUCAAAGAAGAAAUAAUAGACGAUGAUGCCAGAUUACCGUGUUUUAACGGUCGAGUUGUAUCUUGGCUUGUACCAGCCGAGAACAGUGCAUCCGAUACCCAGUCACAAUGUACAGAUUCACAAGCUGGCGAUGUGGUACAAUUACCGGCAGAAAGAUUAGGGGGAAUAGGGGACAGUAGACCACCAUCAUUUCAUGCGAACGCAUCCGUAGCUAGUCGUGAUGAAACAUGUGAUACAUGUACAGAAACAGAAUCAGUUAUCAGUGCACGAAGAGAUCGCCUGCAUAGUCGUAACUCUCGACAUUCGAACGAUAGUCAGCGCUACAUGGCUAACGAUCAUGGUCCACGAAUAAAUGGUCACGCAGAGCAUAAACGUCACCGAGAAUUACGCCACGCCUAUCACGAUACCUCCACAGUUUUAAGUAGCGAUCUAGAAUCUACGAGUUUCUUUGAUUCAGAAGAUGAUACAGGUAGCAGAUUUUCCACAGUCACAGAUAAUACAAAUCCUUCAUCCAAAUAUGGUCGUCAUAAACGACGGAGGCGGCGGCAUCGACCGCCACCGAUCAGUAGGGCAUCAUCUUUUAGCAGUAUAACAGAUUCAACCAUGUCUCUAAAUAUAAUAACAGUUGUUUUAAAUAUGGACACUGUAAAUUUUCUUGGUAUCAGUAUUGUAGGUCAGAGUAAUAAAGGAGGUGAUGGGGGUAUUUAUGUCGGUUCUAUAAUGAAGGGGGGUGCUGUAGCUCAAGAUGGUCGAAUAGAACCAGGAGACAUGAUAUUAGAAGUAAACGGUGUUAGUUUUGAAAAUAUGAGUAACGACGAUGCCGUUAGAACAUUACGAGAAGCUGUACAAAAACCAGGGCCAAUAACCCUAGUUGUAGCAAAGUGCUGGGACCCAAACCCUAAAGGAUAUUUUACCGUGCCAAGACAAGAACCAGUUCGACCUAUUGACCCCUCGGCCUGGGUUGCUCAUACGACAGCGUUACGAGAACAAUAUAUGGGAGGUGGGACAUGUAAUUAUAUGGGAAGAGGUGUUGCUAGUACGUCAAUUAGUAAUAUGACUUCCACCAGUUCAUCUUUAACUAGUUCUAUACCAGAAUCAGAAAGGUUUGAUGACCUUAACUUGACAAUAAAUACCGAUAUGGAAACAGUAGUCAAGGCAAUGGCACAACCCGACUCUGGGUUAGAAAUUAGAGACCGUAUGUGGCUCAAAAUAACUAUACCAAAUGCUUUUAUAGGUGCUGAUUUAGUAGAUUGGUUAUUUACGCAUGUCGAUGGUUUUGCCGAUCGUCGAGAUGCACGGAAAUACGCCUGUAAUCUUCUUAAAGCUAAUUAUAUUCGUCAUACCGUUAAUAAACUUACUUUCUCAGAACAAUGUUAUUAUGUCUUCGGUGAUUUAAGAGGUGGUCCUCCAGUUUAUCCAGAUCUGACAUCAUUAAGUUUAGAGGAUGUAGAUUCUGUAUCGGAAGCCGAUCGUGAUACGUUAGCGCCACUUCCCCCUCCAUCAUGGAACAACCAAUAUCCUUACAGUAGUUCAAGUUAUUUACCACAGAACCUUAGUUAUAUCCCCCCGUAUAGUUACACUAGUACGGAUACCACUAGUUAUAUAGGCAGCUUUAUAGAUGGAAUGGCUCCCCCUCCUCCAACAGGGGGUGGGGGAAACGGUAGUGCCGGUAGUGUUCAUAGUGCUUCAGUAGCGGGACAAGAUUGUGUUUGUUUGUUAAGUACAUACAAUCAGUUACGCAAGCUUUGGGAAAAUAAGGAUAAACAAAACGGCCACAAGUCGUCUAACCCGGACAUUUCUAAAUAUGGGCAGCAUGUGGACCAGCAGCAUGUUUAUAAUAGCACGCAGAUCUCAACAGGUAGCAGUGCCUCUGGUGGUAGUAAAAAAGAGAAAAAGGGAGGCGAUCGAAAAUCAGCGAGUCCAAUGGGAAGCGGUGGAAGUGAUACAGAAACGGCCAGUCUAGCAAGUGCACGGAGGGGAGCGCCGAGUGAACAAAGUUUACCUCCUCCCCCAGGAACCCUCAGUAAUCUCCCACCAGAACUCUCCGCAAGUCGCCAGUCUUUCAAAAUGGCCAUGGGAAAUCCAUGUGAGUUCUUCGUUGAUGUUAUGUGAAAACAAAUAUUUAAAAUCACUUUAAAUAUUUAAGUUUGCUAAAAAAAAAAAAAUUUAAAAAAAUUGAGAAAAAGGAGUCAAAACUUUUUUUCUAUAUUAAGGCUUUGUUUGUCUCUAUGCAUGUGAGAUAACUGGGCCUGUCUGCAGGUGUUUUUCAAAAGUCAUAAAUGUGUUUAGUUAUUAUUAUUAUUAUUAUUAUUAUGGUCGUUAUUGACAACGCAAUAUAAUCAUCUAUUAGUAAUGUAAACAUGUAAAUAUAUUUAGAUUAUGUUGUGACAAGGGACUUUUUUCUUAGAGGAAAAAUUCAUUUUAUUAUCGGACGCCGUUUUAAUAAUAUUUUGUUUUUUGUUCAUCAUUUUUAUCAGUCAGAUCAACGUAUUUAUUCAUCACAAAUUGUUAGGACAAUCGUUUCGAAAGACACACAGUCGAUAGAAAUAACUUGACUGUUUUCUGGUUAAUUAAAAACUAGAUUAAAAUGUCUAGAGAGGUUACCAAGACAACAUAAAAUCAAAAAAUGUUUAUUAUAUUUGGUUAUCUCGAUUUCAGGGACUAAAAAUAAAAGACGCCUUUUCGGUUUUUUUGGAUUGUUUAGGCCUAUAUUUUCUCCGUUUCUUGGCUUUUCUUUACUUAAUACUAACAACAUAUACAUUUAGUAGCUAAAGUAUCCCCCCGCCCAUGGUUAUCCAGUCUUUUUUUUUUUAAAAUAUGUGAUGUCUUGUUCAACCAGGCUGAAAACAAACACAGUUUGAUUGUUUCAUGCCUUUGAAUUUGACUGACAUAUUUUUUAUAAUCAUCACUUCAUCUUGAUAAAGAUUUAAUAUCAUUUGCUUCAACCAUUAUUUCAACUUACGAUCUCCUUUGAGCAAAAGAUGAUUCAAAUUACCUUGUGUCAGUUUGAUUUGAAUAUUUAAAGUAUUAUAUCGUCAUUUUGAAUAAUUGAUUAAAGGAGAUAUCUCACUUUAAUAUUGGCUGACGAAUAAUAUAUGAAAAUUAUCAACCAGAAAAAAAAUAUCUCUUGAUUUGAGGAUACAAAUGAAAAGAUUUUAUCAAGAUUAGGAUUAAAAUAUUGACUAUUUUUAACCCAUUAAAGUUUAUUGUAGACCUCAUUACUAAUAUUUAACCAUUAACCACCCUCUGUAGAAACCAUGGUAAUCAGUGAUUUUAUGAUAAUAGUGUAAUCCAAUGUGUUGAGCUCCCUUCCUUUAUAAGUAUCCACUACCGUACGCAUCUUGUUAUUGUUGUUUUUCCGGGUGAUGUUCUUCGUAAAAAGUCUAACGCUUUGCCAAUUCAUGUGCAAUCGACGUGUUCUUUGGACAGUUAUGCAGCGAUUGACGGCACAAUUCCAAAAUGGCUACGAUGACGUCAUAAUCAUUUCCUGGUCCAUAGUACGAUGGUAAUGGUUUCAUUUCCUACGUGGUUUCCCCUUGUCAGUGGUGCCGGAGAGAUUGCCUGAGAAGGACAACUGUCUAGUUGUUAGGAUCGGAUGAGAAACUCAGGUCCCAGGUAUAUAUUGCCGAGCAUGUAAAAGAUCCCUUAGCAGUUGGAAUUCGAUAUAAGAGUAUGCAGUAGUGCCACUGUCCUGGCAAAAAUUCCCUCAUAGCACACUGUAUGGCGUAGGCCCGUCUUCAUUAGCCCAGUUGGAGCAGAACAACAGGACGUUAAACCCCAUUUCAUUACUGUAAAGAUAAGCUAUUAUCAAGGCAACAAUAGAUAUGUUGAUCAAUCUAAUAUGUUUAGGCUGAUCAACUUCCCGUGAACUUGGUUGGAAGAAAAAUUAUCAAAAAGAAAAAAAUAUACUAAGCAAUCUCCACUGACCUUGGCAUAGUUGUUUGAAUCAAAUUCUUUAUUAUCGCUGUUAGAAAUAUGGAUUCACUAAUUACCAAGGUUUUUAUAGAGCGUGGAAGAAAACAUAUCUCAACGAAGUCAGCAGUUACGAAAAAAUAUUGUCACAGAACGCAAAUUAAUUCAAAUGAGUACAUUUCUAUUCUUCCGAAGAAAACAAGAUUUUGUUUCAAUGGAAAAUAUAUUAAUUAUAGAAUAUUCUGUUCUUAAAAUUUAGAAAAUAAACCAUGUAUUUUGUUUUGGAGCCAAUUUGACUUCGGUGAUUUACGUUCAACAUGUGCUAACGUUCUGUCGUGAAACUUAGAAUUAAUGCAUGCUACAAUAUUAUCUCUUGUAGCGCUCCUAGAGGCUGACGAUAUACUAGAAUGAUUCUACAGGAUCUGAUUGGACCAAAAAUUAUACAUCUUGUGCCAGAUGUGAUCAUCGUUCUUCUCUCCUUACAUCAUCAUUCAUCAAAAACCACGCUAACCACGCCCAUCUUUACUGUAGCUGUUCUAAUCUCCCGUUCUACGCCUAACUUCAAACUGUAAUUAAUAAACGAAACAACGUGCCCGCCCACAACCAACCGUAAAUGCACGUAUGUACCUACCUGCUACCUAGUCCAACACACGUCCACUUACUGUUACAUUAUUUGUAUUUUUUAACAACCAAAAAAAACCUUGCCAAAUUAUCCUGAAAAAUCGACAAACUUUCAUCAUGCAGACAAAGAUUGGAUGCCAAAUCAAAUGUGGAACGAAUUUUAUUGACAUGAGUUAUAACUCAAGUUUUAAAGAAGACUUAUUUUAGGAAUUUUUUACAAGAUUUAGUGAGUCAAGUCUUGAUAUUUAUGUGUAAAUGUUGAUAUAAAUGUAUGUACGAUUUUUUAAAAAAAAGUUUAAAACUGCACUUGAAAGAGAGUCUCUCACAUUUAAAUGAUAUUAAUUUUCACUUUUUCGUCCAUUAUGUGAUUUCGUUUAACAUUUAUUUCUAAUUUUUAAAUUUUCUCGUUGAUUUGAGUCUCAUUCUUAAAAAGUUUUGUUGGUUUUUCUCUGCAUGCUUUAUUUAAUCUAUUUGUUUCCUCUUAAAUUUCUCCUCUAACAUUUUGUGUUUGCUUUUAUUUUUUUAUUUCGCUUAUUUCUGCAUGUUUUCUCUCUUUCGUUUCAAAACCGACAUGUUUUAACUUACAUAUCACUUUUGUGAUCACAAUUUCAUUCUUUUAGCUGAAUUAUUUGUUUUGUAUGUUUGCGUCGAUCUUCGUUUAUUUAAUACAAUGUAUACAAUCAGGAUAUUAUUUCUUGUAGAUAUUCAAAGUUUGAUUUCAUCUGCAUCCUUCGUUGUUUUUUUUUUUGCAUCAUAAUUAUUACAUAUACACAUGCUGAAACACAUUAUCUACCGACAUGUCAGAUUUGGGUAGAUGGCAGUAAUAGUCAUUUCCAUGAAUAAUUAAUCAAAGGAUUUAGGAUAAUUUGAUUGGAUCCCACUGAUACCGCUAAAAUGACAUUAAAGUUGAUGAAAGGCUGUAAACAAUUAGGGUACAAUCUGACUUAAAACACAGAUCCUAUUUUAUUUCGUUUUUAUAGUUCAAGAUUUCGUUUUACUUGUCUUUACUACAUUAGGAUCUGGAAGAGUUGUUAUAUUACCAGCAUUCUUGUUAAAGUGAGGGAUUAGCCAAUGAAAUGGUCUGUUACGGCAUGUUCUUUGCAUUCGAUGAACGGAACUGUGGGUAAACCACUAGAAACGUCAAUGCUGAUUGAUUAAUCAAUAUCUGAAGUCAUAGGAUCAAAAGCUGCUCGUACGACCCCUGACACGACCUUCCAGUACAACCGGUCAGAUCUUCGUGUAGUGUAGGCCAUCGAAAGUAUAAAAAACGAAACGAAAUAUAGAUCUGUAUGAAAAGUAGGACGUUAAACCCCAUUUCAUUUCAAUUCAAUAAAAAAUUUAAUGCCGAUCAAUCAAAUAUCCGCCUUUGUUUAAAUAUGCCAGAAAUGAGAAAUAUUGGCACCUACCAAAAGUUGACAAAAAGAGAAUUAAGAUGUGUUUCAGUGAAUUAUUAUCAAGUCAUCUUCUCCACGAAACUCAUAUUUUUAUAAUUGUACAAACUGUAUAGUGUGUUUUGGUUGUUAUUUUUAGUUGUAAGUAGAACCUCCAUUUUGUUAAUAGAUAGAUAAUUAUUUUCAUGUGUUUUUUUUUUUUUAUAACGUUUUAUUAUGAUUGAAUAUAUAAAUGAAUAAUAAAAGAAACUUUGAUAAAUCUCUUCAGUUAUUUAAGGUAUAAAAUUUCUCACUGCUGCAUAUAUUACUGUCUACGCAAGUCGAAUAAUCGCUUCAAAAUGUGUGUAUGGAUAGCCAUGGAUAGUGUCAGUAAUCCCUUGAAAUUGAGUGUAUGGAUAGCUGUAUAUGUCAAUAAACCCUUCAGAUUGAGUGUAUGGAUAGUCAGAUGUGUCAAUAAUCCCUUGAAAUUGAGUGUAUAGAUAGCCAUGUGUCAAUAAACCCUUCAGAUUGAGUGUAUGGAUAGCUACAUAUGUCAAAAAUACCCCUUCAGAUUGAGUGUAUGGAUAGCUACAUGUGUCAAAAUCUUAAAUGAUCAAAACCGUAGAUUUUUUCAGUUGUUUUCUAUUCUUUCAAAUCAGUUUUAAGUGAGUUUUCAAGCAAUAUUAUGGAGAAAACAGACUUGAUGGUUGAGACUACUAAGAAUAUUGUCAGCUAUGUGGACUCCCCAAAUGAAAAGUGACACUAGGUGUUCUAGAGACAGCAUAUCCUGACUCAUACAUGGCAUCCACCACUUCACUGAAUUGGACAAACUAGGUCAUUUCAGGACUAACAUAUGGUUCAAUCUUAUUUCAAUAAUUCGCUUGCGCGUGGGGGUCUUUAGCAGUCACAGGAAACCGGAGGACCCGGAGAAAACCCACGAGGUUGGACAACCACCCCACACCUUGUCAUGUACAACCGGGAAUCGAAACCAUGCCAGUUGACUCAAUGACAGACCUUAUGAUACAGCAUGCGCGCUAACCAUUCGGCCAUCCAAAUCCCCCCCCCCCCAGUUGCCCAAAAGGGCAGUAAAAAAAGGACACCAGGCAAGUAGUCGGGUAGAUUGUGGUAGUAAUCACCACAUCCUAGUAGAUCAAGACUUUAAUUCAAUGUUUGACAUCCAGGGUUGGGAUCACAAUGGAUCGCAGGAAAUGCACUGGCCCACUAACCAAGGGGUGCAUGUCAAAGAACACUUGACAGUUGGAAUUGGAGGAAAAGUUGUAGGAAAAGUUGCUGUUCGGUUAAAAUUUUAUUCACAGUAUGGUAUAUGCCCGUCUUCAAUAACCAAGCCGGUCCAGGAAAUUAGGAUGUUAAACUCUAUUUUAUUUGAAAAAAGCAAUUGGAUUUUAUUACUGCUUCGCGAAAACUAAGGUAUUAAAUUAUAUAUCAUUGGGUAAUUGACCUGGAAUGACCCUACUUUAACAUGGCCUCCUCAUCUGGAACAAUCUCAUUAAAACACAUAGUUUAAAUUUCAUUUUAUUUGUCUUCACUACGGUGGCAUCUGGAAGAGGGGUGGGGGUGGCCAAAAGGUAAAUGUGUGUGCGUUGCAUCAUAAGGUCUGUCAUUGAGUCAAGUGCCGUGGGUUCGAUUCCCUGCUUAUACAUGACAAGGAGUAGGGUCCUUUGUCUAACAUGAGGGUUUUCUCCGAGUCCUGAAGUGACCUAGUUUGUGUCGAGUUGAUGUUAAACCCCAUUUCUCUCUCUCAUAUCUGGAAGAGGUUUAAGAUAACCACAUUCUGUUUGUAGGGUAAUAAAAUACUUUAUUCAGUCACAAUUUACGCGAGUUGAAUUAUGGGAGGCCUUUUAGACAUGUAGACAACCAAAGUUAUAAAUAUAUAUAUAGCUGAUCCCUAACAUGACCUCGCACACAAUCCAGAGAUGCAGACAACAAAACAAAAGUUAUAAAUAUAUAUAGCUGAUCCCUGACAUGACCUCACACGCAAUCCAGAGGACAAGGAAAAUAUAAAAAACUGUAUUUGAAUCAGAUUGUGCCUUGUUUGGUUGUCAUGGUUUUCAAAACUAAAAGAUCCAAUCCUCCCACCGCUAUAGACAACUACUAGUAUGUACAAUAACCUAGUUUGUGUGGAGUGGACAUUAAACCCCAUUCUCUCUCUCUGAAACUAAGAGAGUUGUUUUUAAAUGGAGUUCAAGUUCUACAUGUCUGUAAACAUCAAACUGUUUUCUCAAUAAUAUGACUUGAUGUGUUUAGAUGUAAUGGAAAUAGAAAAACACAGUAUUUGUUCAAUUUUAUAGAAAACAUCAACUUCUACUUUCAAUUUCUAAAUUGAUUGUAGGAGUUGACAAGAGCCAUUGUCUUUAAUCUCUGUCCUUAUCCUAUCUAACUGUUCGAUGCUUCCCUAAAAAUUCAAUCUCAUUCUCUCCAUUUAAGUUUUGCCAUGAUCCUUCCUGAUUGGUCGACGCUAGACUGGUCAUAUUGUUCGACAGUAAGCCAUAAAAAUAGGAUGUUAAAACCAUUUCAGUUUUAAGAAAAUAUGUCGAAUCGUACAUUGUUGAGAAUAAAUAUACGUAAAUCAGAGAGAUUAUAGACAAUGUAACGGUUUUCUUUAAAGUUGAUAAAUAUUUUGUCAAUCUUAUUAAAACACAGAUCCUAUUUUGUUUCGUUUUUUAUUGUUCAAAAUUUCACUCCACUAGGAUCUGGGAGAGUUGUUGUAUAACCUGUGUUCUAGUUGAUGUGCGGGAUUAGCCAAUGAAACAGUCUGUUACGGCAAUUUUUUAGUGUAAGGUGCAAGAAACUGUAGGUAAACCACUAGAAACGUCAAUGUUGAUUUAUUAAUCAAAUGUCUGAUGUCAUAUGAUCAAAAGCCGCUGUUAUGACCCCUUGAUGCGACCGCCCAAAACAACCGGUCAGAUCUUAUUGAAGUGUAGGCCAUCGAAAGUAUAAAAAAAAAAAAAAAAAAAUAUAGAUCUGUAUUUUAAUCAGAUUGAUAGUUUGUGUUUUUAUUUAUAAAAGUGGGUAAUAAGACAAUUUCUGCUGUGUGUUGACGCUUAUAGAGAGAUCGUGUGACAGUGCGUGAUAUGAAAAGGUAAUAUAUAAUAUAGUUAAACAAGGGUACUGGCCCUUAAUCGUAGAAAUUAUAUUUAACAUUGUGCAAAUAUAAGUUUCACUUUAUCAAGUUUGGUUGAUAAAGUUUUUACCCUAGAAUUUCCCAAAUACGAAAAUUACUAAUUAUUUUGUAGGGAAUUGGCCCUAAAUCGUAGAAAUUCUUUUAACAUUUUAAAAAUAUUACAAGUUACACUUUUUUAAGUUUGGUUGAUGAAGCUUUUACCUCCUCAUUUUCCUAAAUGAAAAUUUUUAUUUUUUUUGUACAUCCCGAAUUAGAACAGUUAUCAAGGUAGACAAGCCUGGAAAUAAGGCACCCGUCACUGACAAUGUCAGGCACAGAUUCUGGCUUUGUCAGGCACAAAAACUCUGGUGCCUGUCAUUUUGUCCGGCACUGAUUUGUCUUUUUUAAUGAUAUUAUUAAUACAUAAUACAUGUCCGGUACAUCUAAAACCGUUAUUUCCAGGCCUGAUGGUGGGUAUAGACUGCCUCUUUUUUUUUAAAAAAAAAUGUUUUGUCCCAAUAACUUUGUAGUAAAUGAUAUAAGCAUAUUUUUUUUAUCGCCAUGCAAAUAUUGGAUGGCUUAAGUUUUACCUUUUUAAUUUGGUUGAUUAAGUGUUUACCUCUGAAUUUUUCCCAAAUCAAAGUUUUAGAUUUUUGUAGGCCUAUUUCCCUAUCAAAGUAGGCAUAGACUGCCUCCUGCAUAACACCUGCCAUUACUAGACGUAUAAGCAUACAUUUUUAAAAAAAAAUGAAUAUCUCUGAACUUCUUAGUCCUUACAGGUCUUGUAGAAAAUAUUAGUGGUUAUCUAGCUUUCAGCACCUUGUGAGGCUACUAAUUUUAUUUCAUCCAAAUGAUAUAAGCAUAGGUUGGGUUUUUUUUUUAAAAAGUGUUAAUGUUUCUGAACUGUUUCAUCCCGAAACUCUUAUGUAGCAAAUGUAAGGGGUUAUAGCGCUGAAUGACGCACCAAACUUUUUAAAGUGUAUCCAAAUGACAUGCCUAUAAAAAAAUAAGUUCCAGUGAUUCCAUUGUCACAACUGUGAUGUAGUAAACUGCGAUUAAUGUCAUCUCCAACAUUAAUACAUACAAAAAAAAAGAUAAGCAUAUUUAUUUUUCAAACUUGUUUCUGUGGUUUUUCAUUUUGCAUAUAAAAAGAACAAAAAAAACCAAAACAUACAAUUUCAAUGAAGCAGGCGCAGAUCCCCGGGGGAUCCGAAGCCCAAAAUAGAAAAAAAACGUAAUUUGUGACUUUGACACUUGCAAAUUGUCACUACAACAUUUCAAUAAGUAGAUCUGUCAUUUUUGGACGCCCCCCCCCCCCCAAAACCCUGGAUCUGCCCCUGCUGUCCCCUGUUCAUGUUACAUUGUAUUAACCAAACUUGCCAAAGUGUUGCUUAGUUUAUUUCUUAAGUUAAAAAAAGAAUCCAGAAAAAUAAACCUAUUAUGUUAUAGAUUAUAUUUAUUGAACUUAGAAGAAGUAGUUUUGACACAAGCUAUCCAUUUUGUAGAAAACAUGUAGAUUUUUAUUUUGUAUUUUUUGAAAAGAUUGUAGAAAAAAUUACAAUUUUAAACGAGAUUAAAAUGCUGGUCAUAAUUCUGAUUUAUUUUAUUUUUCAUUUCUUAUGUUUGUAUAUUCAUUACUAACCACAUAAAAUGUAAAACAAUUUCUGGAACUUUUUGUAAAAUUCCCGAAUAUUUAUUUUAUUUUGUGCCAUAGAGUUACGAGAGGUUUAGAGAGCUACACCUAGACACAAUUGUUCCAUAUUUAAUUUGUAGAUGCUGAUUACAGGAUGGAGCAGAAUUCAUGACAUAAUUCUAAUUCAUUAUGUUAAGAGUGAGAUUUAUGUCAUGCAUUCUGCUCCAUAAUUUUUUUAAUCAUUGAAACAUGUAUAUUAUGUCAUUAUUAUAGUUUAAAGGACCGAAAUCAACACAAUAAUGUUGAACAAGAAAUUAGUGGCGUUAACAUUAUAUUCAUAUUUGGGUUGAAAAUAACUGGUUCCGUGAUUAAUGACUAGAACUUGGGCACUUGAAAUCUGGUGAAGAGUAGGUGUAAACAGCACUGCCCAGGUUAAAUUCUACCUCUCACAUUACAAACAAAACCAUUGUGUUGAAAAGAUGGUAAACCCCCAUGGCAUUAUUUUCAUGUUGGCUUAAUUUCUUAAAACAUUAAUUACUUAUUUUGCAGUAUUACUUCAUAUUCUUUAAGAUCUACAAUUUGAAUUUCUAAUUUUUUUUUUACUAAAGUAUGCAUUUCAAAUAAAACACUCUGUUAGUAUCACAUUAUAUUACUAUAUCACUCACAAUCUCACUCGAUUAAAUGUCAUAAAAAUAAAAUCUUGUGAUCUGGAAAAGAUCAAAAUAUUAUCCCCGAAUGACAUGAAUUAAGGAUAAUAUUUAUAAUAUUACACAACUUUAUGGAUUUACUAAGUCUUGGUUAAUUACAAUAAUCAUACAGGUAUCUUCUUACAGGUAACAACAUUUCAAUACUCUUACAGGAAUAGGGAUCUAAAAUAGGCAUUUUACCUGUUCCUCUAUCUCACAUUCAUUUAUAGAGAAUAUGUCUUAAAAAAAAAAAAACAGGUAUCUUUAUCAAGCCUGUAUCAAAAAUGAAUCCAACUAUACCCAUGAAUGUAAUAUACUGUACAUGUAGGGUCGUAUCCCCUGUUUCAUCAUUACUCAAUAAAAAUACCUGUAAGAUUAUUGAAACGUUACAUGCAAUAAACCAAGAGAUAGUAGUAAAUCCAUGAGGUUGUAACAUUAUAAAUAUCAAAAUUUUAAAAACAAACAAGAAUUUGAACUUUUGACGUCGCCAUUGGAUAGUACACAUUGUUUUACUGAAACUUCACAUUUGAAGCAGUAUAACAGACCAUUUUUAUACACACAUCACAUACACCGUCUGUUUUAUCAUAUUGACACACUCAAACGUCCUUUGUCAAAUUAAUGCAAUAACAUUUUGAAUCACCAUCAAUCUCAAUAUUGGACCCAAUUUUUUUACAUUACGAUUUUAAUUUUUCUAUGUCUGUGGAAUAUCAUCGUUACGCUUCCACGAUCACAGUUAUGACAUUUUGGAAGCGUAACAUGAUAUAACUAUAAUAUUAAUGUAAAAGACGCUAAAUCGAAAAACGAAUGUAUUGUUUUAUUUAUGGUAGCCUGCUUUGUGUAUGUACAUGUUUGGAGAAACCAUUUUCUGUAACCAUAGCCAUGUUUUUUUUUACUAUUUUAUGAAUGGAAAUGUUAGAUUAUUUUAAGUGAAAUGUGUAAUAAUAAUAAUCUGUACAGAAUUGUACAUAGAUAUACAGAAUUAAAAAUAAGCUUGCAAAGUUUUAA